AUGGUCACCACCGCCGUCGCCGAUAUUCCGACCGUUGAGCUCCUCUACAAGCUCGGCAAGAUCCAUUCCACACCGGGGGCCAUCUUCUCCUAUAACGCGUCGCAUAACCAAAAAGUCGCCGUGAUCCGAGGCGAUAUCACCACACUCGGCGUCGAUGCGAUUGUCAAUGCCGCCAACACGAGUCUUCUUGGAGGAGGCGGCGUCGACGGCGCGAUCCACCGCGCUGCCGGCCGCGGACUAGUCCAGGAGUGCAGGACCCUGAACGGUUGCUCUACCGGUUCUGCCAAGAUCACGGGCGCCUACAACCUCCCUUGCAAGAAAGUCAUCCACGCCGUCGGCCCCGUCUACGACGAGCUCAGACCCGACGUCUCCGAAGAAAAGCUUGCAGGUUGUUACAAUACCAGCCUGAAGCUUGCUGUCCAGAACGGUUGUCGCAGCAUCGCUUUCAGCGCGCUGAGCACCGGUGUCUACGGUUACCCGAGCUCGGAAGCGGCACCUGUUGCUGUUGAAGUCGUCAGAGAGUUUCUCGAUGGACAAGAUGGCGACAAGCUGGACAAGGUUGUCUUUUGUACCUUCGAGAUGAAGGAUGUUAAAGCCUACAACGAGACCCUUCCUGUCUUCUUCCCUCCCGAGGACCAACCAGCCACAGACAAGAAAACCGGGGAUGGCCCUUCAAAGAAGGAAACAGAGGAGGCCAAGGCUAUCGCGGCCGAGCUUCCUAGCGUGCCCAAGUCUGAUCCUUCCCAGUAA